CCCAAACUGGGUGGGGUGACCCCCUACAAAAGCUCAGAGUUGCCAGCAGCUGCUUCUUCCUCCAAGAGUCUGGUGCAGCUGGGGCCAGAGUUGAGGAACAAAGAAUCUUGCUGAGCCCUGCCUAGGACCUCACCCUGGGGUCAGGAAGUUUGGAGGAUGAGGCUCUUCAGCCCUGAGGUUUCCCUAGACCUGCCCUGUGCCAUGGCAGCCCACCUGCUUCCCAUCUGUACCCUCUUCCUGACCUUGCUCAGCACGGCUCAAGGCUUCAGGGGCCCUGUGGUACCCAACCAGCCUUUCACCACCGUCUGGAAUGCGAACACCCAGUGGUGCUUGGAGAGGCACGGCGUGGACGUGGAUGUCAGUGUCUUUGAUGUGGUGGCCAACCCCGGGCAGAGCUUCCUCGGCCCUGACAUGACCAUUUUCUACAGCUCCCAGCUGGGCACCUACCCCUACUACACGUCUGCUGGGGAACCUGUGUUUGGCGGCCUGCCCCAGAACGCCAGCCUGGAGGCUCACCUGGCCCGCACGUACCAGGACAUCCUGGCUGCCAUGCCUGCAUCUGACUUCUCAGGGCUGGCAGUCAUUGACUGGGAGGCCUGGCGUCCACGCUGGGCCUUCAACUGGGACACUAAGGACAUUUAUCGGCAGCGCUCAAAGGAGCUGGUACAGGGGCAGCACCCUGAUUGGCCGGCUCCCUGGGUGGAGGCAGCAGCCCAGGACCAGUUCCAGAGGGCUGCACAGUCCUGGAUGGUAGGCACCCUCCAGCUGGGGCAGGCACUGCGGCCACGCGGCCUCUGGGGCUUCUAUGGUUUUCCUGACUGCUACAACUAUGACUUCCUGAGCCCCAACUACACAGGCGAGUGCCCACCAGGUGUCCGUGCCCAGAACGAUCAGCUGGGAUGGCUGUGGCGCCAAAGCCGUGCUCUCUACCCCAGCAUCUACAUUCCCGCAGCGCUGCAGGGCACAGGCAAGACACAGGCGUAUGUGCGGCACCGAGUGGGCGAAGCAUUUCGUGUGGCUGUGGGUGCUGGAGACUCCAGUCUGCCGGUGCUGCCCUAUGUCCAGAUCUUCUAUGACAUGACGAACCACUUUCUGCCCCUGGAUGAGCUGGAGCACAGCCUGGGGGAAAGUGCAGCCCAGGGAGCAGCAGGAGUGGUGCUCUGGGUGAGCUGGGAGAACACAAAAACCAAGGAAUCAUGCCAGGCCAUCAAGGAGUAUAUGGACACCACACUGGGGCCCUUCAUCCUGAACGUGACCAGUGGGGCUCGUCUGUGCAGUCAAGCCCUGUGCUCGGGCCACGGCCGCUGUACCCGGCGCCCCAGCCACCCCAAGGCCCUCCUCAUCCUCAGCCCCACCAGUUUCUCCAUUGAACUCACACCUGGUGGCGGGCCCCUGACCCUACAAGGUGCACUGUCACUUGAGGAUCUGGAACGGAUGGCGGUAGAGUUCAAAUGUCAAUGCUACCCUGGCUGGAGGGGAGCACGGUGUGAGCAGCAGGGCACAUGGUGAUUGGCCACACACCAGGAUGCACAUGUUGAGCACCACUUAAUGCACUCUGGGCCUGACCAAGGCUUUCUCAAGUAAAGGCACAGUUACACAGAUCAUGGUCACAGUCAGGAGUGUUCUCAGCCACCGUCAUGAGCAUUUGCCUGCACGUGCUCACAUAUACAGACCGGGAUAGUUGCGUAAGGAGUUAAGAGCCUCCAGCACCCACCCAGCAAGGUCAUAAACAUCCCCUCCAGAGACACUGACUGAGCCAGUCUUUAAAUUGCAGCAAUCACAAGAACUGAUUCUCUGAGCGCCUACGCUUCACCAAGUCCUGUGGUAAGCAUUUUAAGUAGGCUAACUCAUUCAGUCCUAACGCAACGCUAUGAGGACACGGAGCAACACACAGGAAGGAAAAGCACUUUGCCAAAGGUUGCACAGCCAGAAAAUGGAGAAACUGAGAAUCGAGCCCAGGCUGUCUAGCUGUCGAGAGAGCGCCUUCUGGCUCCUACUGUGUUGAUGGUAACCAGCCCUGCACGCAACCUGAAUCCGCUCAGAGGCACGAGCCCUGUAAAUAAAGCAGACAUGAGUUC